GAGACGGAGGCGGAUCAUGUUUUGGAAAGUGGGCGUUAACUCUGGUUGUGUUAACUCAGAAAAACUUCUCUGAGACGGAGAUGGAGAGAGAGCUUCUGAACAGACUGUUUCAGCUCGUAAUAUUAAGAACACUAACACUAGAAAUCUCCAGAACUCAGCGUUUAAUCAGAAACAAUCAGUAAAGAGCUGAGUGCCGCUGCUGAACCUGUGGAUCUACCGUGUGGAGUAAGGGAGGAAAGUUCUCUGACUGUGAGCUGCCCAAACGCUCCUGUUUAGCCCUGGGGAACCUGAAGGUGGACGGAGAACUCUGCUUCAAACUGCGUCUAAAAUAUGGUGUAAGAACACCGGGAGAGAUUCGAAAUCGGCACAUUUUUGGUUAGAGGACACAAUGAGGCACCAGCAGUGCCCUAUUUGCCACGUCACAUACUCGAAUCUUCCUAAGCACCUGACGGGAUUCCACAACGUGGCGAAUCCCAAAGAGAAGGCCCUGCUCCUGAGCCUCUCCAGCGGACGCGUGAAGGGAUUGUUCCGAUGUGAAGAGCCUCAAUGCGGGAAAACGGUUAAAAGGCUCGACAGGCAUUACGCAGAAUGCCACAUUGAUAAAACGUCCGAUGAAGCUAAGAGCAUUGUCACAAGGUGCAAAAAUCAAUACAUCUUGGAACAGCUAGGAAAACUGAGGGAAACCCAUCCCCAAGUGCUGAUGGUCAGCGUGCUGGAUUUGGGCGGCAGGCAGACCACCCAGGAUGACCGAUGGACCCGACCACCCCCCGACGCACCAGAGACAUCGGCGGACCCAGCCUGCAGCCAGGGACAUCAACGGACCUCCCGUUUGCAAGCGGGAUGCCUGGGACUUCUGGGGAAUUCCCGCCUGAAAGCGGAAGUCCUGGGGACGUCCAUAGACAUCCCAACCGACACUGAAACACCUGAAAUGUCCACAGAUGUCAAACCAGAGCCAGCGCCGGCGGAGACCACCCAGGACCUCACACCCAACUGCUCAAACACAGACUGCCAGCGGCUUCUGAGAGAAAAUCAGGAGCUCAAGGCACGUCUGGGUUUGGGUAAGGGAGAAUGCCCCAGGCAGGACUGCCAGCAUAAAAGCCAGGAGCUUUCCAGGCUGGUGCAGCUCUACAUGGCAAGCCCCCAAAAGAAGCUCCGAAAUAAAUUUUCCAGAAAGGACGAUUUUGAAACAGAGCAUGCCCCAAAAUAUGAACAAGUCCUACAAGACUUUUUUGUCUUCUGUGUAGGGGCCAAUCCUUCAAGCAAAGUGAAAGACAACGGCAAUACCUGCCGGAGCCACGUCCGCAGGUUUCUUUUGUUUGCAGGAGAGGGCAAGCUCCUGAAGGGGGACUUUUCCUUUUUAGCCGACUCAACGAAGAUUGCAGAGUGGGUGGAGGUUCUUAAAACAGACAGAAUGAAACCCACGACCAUAAGAAUUAAUCUAGUAAACAUCCACAAGUUCGUCAAAUUCCUAAACAACCUGCCUGCAGCCCAAACAAAACUCAGUGGGAGGGACUUCCAAAGGAUCCAUGCACAGAUAAAGGCGCGUCUGAAGGAUCUACAGAAGGACGUCACUCUACAUAGUCAAAAGUUUAGAAAGGAGAACAAAAGUUCGAGAAAUAAUGCCGAAAGAACUGCAUAAUGUUAGAAAUAUGCUUUAAAAUUUUUACUAUAACCAAUAACAUUGGCGUAGGAACCGGGGGGGAUAAUAUUUGAAACAGGUGGAUUCCAAUCAUGGAGCUGGUUCAGGGAGAAAGUUCUGCCUCUCAGGAGAAAGAGGCAAUUAGCUUGCUUGUUUUGCGGAGCUCGGAGGAGAGUCUGCUGGUGGGGGGAAACACUCCCCCUCGCUGUGAGUUUUAGCAGCAGCUGAUAUUAAAACUAAUCUGGAUAUACAGAGAUUUUUCUAAAAGAAAGGUAACGGAGCUAACAAUGUGUA